AUGAGUCGCGAGCCUCUCCCGUCAUCUAUGGAUGACAACCUCGGUAAUCCGGUCUUCCGCGAGGAAUCCGGUCUCCAGAAAUUCACCAGACGCCUCAAGGAGGAGCCGCUGAUCCCACUAGGAUGUGCCGCAACAUGCUACGCCCUUUACCGCGCCUACCGCUCCAUGAGGGCCGGCGACUCGAACGAAAUGAAUCGCAUGUUCCGCGCCCGUAUCUACGCCCAAGCAUUUACACUAGUCUCGCUCGUGGUAGGCGGCAUGUAUUUCAAGACUGAGCGCCAGCAACGCCGGGAGUUCGAAAAGGCAGUAGAAGAGCGGAAGUCACAGGAAAAGCGCGACGCGUGGCUGCGUGAGCUGGAGAUCCGUGACAAGGAGGACCGCGAGUGGCGAGAGCGUCAUGCUAGCAUUGAAGCGGCGGCGAAGGAGGCUGGUAAAAGGCCAUCGGAGCCUGAUGCGGCCCGGUCUUCGAUUGAGCCUGCGGACGAGAAGUCGAUUGGUGUUCUUGAUGCUGUCAAGGCUCUUCUGGGUCGCCACUAG